AUGAGUGAAUAUGAAGAACGUUUCUGGGGUAUCGGAUAUGGUUUAGGAUUUACGAAAAAUAACUCCGAUGCCUGGGACACAGACUGCUGGAACGGGAAGAACGUGCUGGGCUACAUUCUGACCACUGUCAGAGAUGGACUUAUGGAAAAGGAGAAGAGGAAGACAGAAUUGGAUGUGGAAGGUGUGAGUCUUCAGGGCACACUUGGGGGUGAAUGGAAACAGGAUGGGAAGACAAUUCUGAUGGAAGAAAGCUGGACUAUGAAUAAAGCUAUGGUAGGUGGAGAAGAAGGGAACAUUAAGGAAGUUGAACCGACAUCUAAAGAUGAAGAAAGAGUAGUAAGUAUGAAAAUAGGAAGAACAGAUGAAAGCAGACUACUUGGUGGACAGGAUGUGAAGGAGAAUUGGGAUGAUGAAAUGGAAGAAGUCACUUCCUCUCAAGAUUGUGAGAGUGAGAACAAAGAUGCUCAUACCGCAUUUGGUUGUGACAAGGGCAUGAUGGAAAAGGAUCAGAGAGCAAGGAACAGCGUAGGAGAGGAAGACAAGUUUGAGCUUGUCCCGGUUAAAGGAGAGGAUGGUGGCACUGAGGAACAGGAUGUAGGCGGCCUAUACAACACAGACGUGGGUGAGGGAAACUCGGUGGAACAACAGAAGGUGGAGAAGAAUGAUGGAAAGGAACUGGGGAAGAUUCAGGAAGUGAAGACAACAGAAGAUGUCACGUCUGUGCCUGAUACCUCAAAGGAAUAUGAUGACGAAGGGAGGACGAUACAUGAGAGAGAGGAGAAGAAAAGUAAUGGCACAAUGCAGGAAGUGAAGACAACAGAAGAUUUCACAUCUGUGCCUGAUACCUCGAAGGAAGAUGAUGACGAAGGGAGGACGAUACAUGAGAGAGAGGAGAAGAAAAGAGAGAGGAGAAGAAAAGUAAUGGCACAAUGCAGGAAGAGAAGACAACAGAAGAUGUCACAUCUGUGCCUGAUACCUCAAAGGAAGAUGAUGGACGAAGGGAGGACGAUACAUGGGAGAGAGGAGAAGAAAAGUAAUAGCACAAUGCAGAAAGUGAAGACAACAGAAGAUUUCACAUCUCUGCCUGAUACCUCAAAGGAAGAUGAUGACAAAGGAGGACGAUACAUGAGAGAGAGGAGAAGAAGGGAGGACGAUACAUGA